GGUACAGAGGGGCAGUGGGGGAAACCGAGGCUAGGAUGGCGCAGUAGUCCCCGUGGUGUGAGUACGGCGCGGGGAGGACACGGCUCGGCCUGUUACGGCCGUGAUGGCAAGACUGACAGCCGGGAGGGAGAAUCAGCCAGGGCUGGGGUGUCGCUCAGCGUCGAGCACUCUCGCCCAGCGUGUUCCCUGUCCCACGCUGCGAAGCGUUUUAAACAACUAGGAAGCACAGAUACCAGCCGGGAAAGUUUGCAGAGCACCCACUUGCCGGUCAGUGGGCUCCGUCGGUGCCAACGCUCUCAUGCCACGAUACUUAGAAGGGGCUGGAGAGAGCUCAACGGUUAAGAGCGCUUGUUGCUCUAGCAGAGGACCGGAGUUCAGUCCCAGCAAGCAUAGGAGAUGGUUCAAAGUUAAUGCCAAGGGAAGGGUCCCAGUGCCCUCCGGUAUCUGACCUCCGUAGGCACAUGCAUGCGUCACCCCGCAGUUGCUGGCGGUGCACAUCCAUAAUAAAUCAAUCUUGUUUCCUUCGAGUCAGGGUUUCUCUGUGUAGCUGUCCUGGAACUCUGUAGACCAGGCUGGCCCUGAACUCAAGAGAUUCGCCUGCCUCUGCCUCACAAGUGCUGGGAUAAAACGCUUGUGCCACCACCACUGCCCGGCCAUAAGUAACAAAGACAAAUGUACUUUCUCCACGGCAGGCUUGUUAACCGUUUGUGAGGUUUAACGAUUUAAAAGGGCAGUUUAAACGUGGCUCAAUGAUAGGGUGCUUGCUUAGCACACUUAGAGCCCCAAGUUUGACCCAGUGCACCACUAAAUAAUUAAGAGACCACCUUCUAGCCAAACCUGGUGGCACACACUCCUCUCUACUUGGGGUCUGAAGGAAGAGCAUUUGGGGUCCCAUCCGUGCAACAGUGGUGCCCUGGAUCAAAAAGGUGUGUAGCUCGUUAGGAGAGUGCUUACGGAGUGUGCAGGGGCCCCUGUUCCUGCAGAGAACAGAGCACGACUUCACGGCCGUGUCUGCAGUCUGCACUUUUCCUAGCGGAAAUGAAGGCCAGAGCAUGCGUGCUCCUCCCAACUGGUGUCUCCAAGCAAAGCAUCCGAGAACGAAUUUGGGACUAUAUGGAAUCCCAUGACUUAGCUGACUUUCCCCGACCCGUUCACCACAGGAUUCCCAACUUUAAGGGCUCUUACCUGGCUUGCCAGAGCAUCAGAGACCUGGAUGUCUUUGCUGGGACACAGGAAAUAAAAGUGGAUCCUGAUAAGCCCCUGGAAGGUGUCCGGUUCCUGGCGCUGCAGAGCAAAAAGACACUGCUGGUCCCAACCCCGAGACUGAGGACGGGACUGUUCAACAAGAUCACACCACCCCCUGGAGCCACCAAAGACACACUGAGGAAAUGUGCCACCUCCCAGGGCGUCCGGAACUUCAGCGUCCCUGUGGGCUUGGAUGCCAGCGUCCUAGUGGAUUUAGUCGUAGUGGGAUCUGUGGCUGUGUCUGAGAAAGGCUGGCGGAUUGGGAAGGGAGAAGGCUAUGCUGAUCUUGAAUACGCCAUGAUGGUGUCAAUGGGAGCUGUGCACAAGGGGACACCAGUGGUCACUAUUGUCCACGACUGCCAGGUCGUUGACAUCCCUGAGUCUCUUCUGGAGGACCACGACCUCACUGUUGACUACAUCAUCACCCCCACCAGGGUCCUUGCUACAGGCUGUGCUCGCCCAAAGCCAACAGGGAUCAUGUGGGCCAAGGUCAGCUGUGAGAUGCUUACGAAAAUUCCAGUGCUCAGGAGCCUCCGUGAGCGAGAGAGGCGGGCUGGGAAGGAUGUCACUCUUCAAGCUGAGCCUGGCAGCCGGCACCCAGCUCCAAGCUCUGUCAAGAGGCCCCAGGAUAUACCACAGUCACAAGCAGGUUCCCGGGGAGGGUCCCCUAGCUCCCUGCAGAGGUUGGAGCCACAACUAGCCGCCACUGUGUAUGUGGGAAACCUGCCCUACAAUGCUCGUGUGCGUGAGCUGAAGAGAGCCCUCCAGGAGCUGGGGGCAGCGCCCCUGAGGCUUACCUGGCAGGGGCCACAGCGCAGGGCCAUGCUACACUACGCAGACUCGGCUGCUGCCCAGCAGGCUGUCACGCUCCUGCAGGGCCUACAUCUGGGUGCCAAUGCCUUGACGGUGGCACAACAGAGGGAUACAUGACCUGGUUAGUAGCCGUUCUGUUGUUUGGAUGUCUCUGGCAUGUGACAGUUUGCCAUUGAUGACCUGCUGCUGUGUGAGGCCUCGGCUCUGUCCUUCUUAGGAAGAGGCUGCACUUUUAGUGAGCAGGGAUGGUAGCAAGCAACAUUGACGACACUCGGGAUGCUGCGAGCUCUGACCCGUUCUGGUUCUCGUGAAGUCCAUGUGGUGCUCUGUGGGUACGGAAGGUUUAGGGGCAGAGCAGCAGGGACAAGGGGUGGAGAACGGAGACCCGAUUUUAGGAUGCGGGAGACAGUGAACAGAGGCCUGCGGAGAAGAGGCCCUGGCAGGGUCGGGGUCAAGAGCAGGUGGCAGAGCCUUGGGACCAUUGGAGACCCCCAGCCCAGCAGAACUGGAGUGGGGAGGGGAUUCCACAGGCAGAGAACACAGACCUCAAGUUCCUGGAACCCUGUGUUGUGCAAGUGCGUGAUCAUGUCUUCCCAGGCUGCACAGUUAUAACUCAACAGGCUUAGGGCCUCGCCGUCCCUCGGGUGAGGAUGAGAGGAGGAUGGGGGCUGCCGCUGCUUUUCCCAGAAGCACUCCUGCCAUUCAUCCUAGGGGAAUAGUCAAAAUAAGCAUUUAGGUGGAGAGUUUAUUCUGUGCAAAUACGCAUGCCUGAGAAGUUUCUUGUUUUUACCAGUGGAUCUUCCCCACUGUCUGUUAGCAUUGUCCUUUGCUCCAGAAGGGCAGGCCUUGCUCAGUAUUAAAGAAAAAAAAACUUGUGA